AUGGAAGGCUAUCCCAACGCGGCCGCCAAGUUUUCCAGAGAAGCCAACCUCCAACCCCAGCAGGAUGAAACUUCGAUCCGUGCUAGGCAGGAGAUUCAAAGCUUCAUACACAGCGGGGACAUUCAAGCUGCCAUCGAGACCCUUAACGAACUGGACCCUCAGAUAUUGGAUGACGACGAAGCGCUUCACUUUUCGUUGCUGCGUCUUCAGCUCGUUGAGCUCAUCCGUUCAAGCAGUGCAUCUGGCGAUGAUAUCGGCCCCGCCCUGAAGUUUGCCACGGAUCAGCUCGGCCCUCGUGCUCCGGGAAACCCGCACUUUUUGGCAGAGCUGGAAAGGACGAUGGCGUUACUAUUGUUCCCUCCAGACAAGCUGGAACCACAGCUCGCUUCCCUGUUGGAUCCGGACUUGCGUCGUGAUGCGGCCGACAGCGUAAAUCGGGCCAUCCUUGCGAAGCAGUCGGCAAGACGCGAGGCCGCCAUUCGUCACCUUGUGCGGAUGCGAGCCUGGGCCGAGAACACGGCUCGAGACAAGGGGUUGGGACUCCCCGACCGUUUGGAUAUUGGCCUCCGAGGUGACGAGCCUGAUGGCCAAAGCGGACGCUUGUUCGGCGUCGAGAAUGGGCAUGAACCUAUGGUGACGAACUGA